CUUAUCCCCAGCACAACUAGAAAUGGGACUCUCCCCCUCUGCUUGCUCCCACAACCCGUGCGUAUAGUCUGUGAGCGGCCUCGCCAGAGCUCAAUUGAUGAAAAUGGGUUUGACCGUCGCCUGUAACAUCCGCCAGCGAAUGGCCACCGCGGCCGUUCUGGCGGGCUCAGUGUUGACUCGAUAUGUAACUGCAGCGCCAUGGUCAUCACAGAGCGAUCCGUUCGCGGUCCUCGACCCCCAGAAGAUAGUCCUUCCAGAUAAUAUGACCUGGGCGGACUACAUCAAGCCGCCAGGCACUACCUGGUCGGAUCCGAGCAGAAAGGGAUCCGAGAGGAACUUCAACAUCGCGCUCGUCGUCGUCGAUUAUCCCGACAUGCCAUUCGUGAUUACUCUGGAACCCGAGUCGACGCCUUUCAAGAACCCGCGGCCUGUCGUGUCCGGUCUCAGUCGCGAUGAAGUGCCUACGUUCUACCGCGAUUUCCUAAAUAAGCCCAGUGAGCUGAAUCAUAACCACACUCUGCAUGAGUACUGGAUGGAGGAUUCUGGUGGUCGAUAUGGCGUCGACCUGACGGUAUUCGGUGCUUAUGAGAUGCCCCGUCUAGCUUAUCAAUAUGGCAUUGACGAUGAACGCGGUGGUUUCAACCCCGAUGGUUGUCCAGCUGAGGGUCCUUGCUCAGUUGACCUUCGUACGGAUGCAUUUGCAGCCUGGCGUGCCGAUGUGGGUAACAAGACGGCCGACUCAUUCGAACUUGCCUUCAUCCUUUCUGCUGGCCAAGAUGAAUCCUCGACAUGGCAGGAAUUCGGUGAAAUGCUAUUCCAGACACCCGAAGACGUGACUGCUGAAUUCGGCCCUCCGGAUGACUCCAUUCCGAACUGGGCGCACACUCGUUACGUGAACUGGACCUCAUGGGCUUCAGCAGCGACGAUUUGGCCAAACGCCGGCGGUGGCUCCUCCACCCAGGCCGAGAGCUCCGGCAUGAGCACGUAUGCACAUGAGCUGAGCCACUUGCUAGGAAUCGGCGACAAUUAUAACAACCCCUAUUCCAACCCGCCACGACGCGAUUACUCGGGACCAUUCUCGAUGUUGGCGCGAGGCACAUUCAACGGACCGGGUGGUCCUCACACUCGCUGGCAAAUCCCAGCGCAACAAGGUAGCUCGCUAGGCUCGCCACACACGAUGGGCGACAAGCUACGCAUAGAUCUAGUAGAUGAUAGCCGAGUUCUCAUGAUCUCCAAAGCCGCGCUCGCCAACUCCGGGCUCGUCACCGCCGAGCUCACGGCGCGCGUCGUCAACCCGAGCGGCACACAAAUGAUGGGCAUGCACAUCACAAUCGGUAGGGAUCUCACGCCCGCCUGCAACACAUCGACCAACCCGUUCUGCGACGGCGGCGGCUACCACAACUACGACGUCGAGGUCAUCGACCGUAUGGGCGCCGACUCGUUCCAGCCCGACCACGGCGUCCUGAUCAGCAAGACGAAGAACAGCAGCAACAGCGCGCCCUUCCAAUGGGUCAUCGACGCGAACCCACAGGACAUCGACAUCGUGGACUUCUACCGUCCCGACGGCACCCCUGCCAUGCUCACCAUCGGCGACUACCGGCAGCUCGCGGACGCCCUGUUCCACGCGGGCACGCGAUCAGGCUCGCAGUCCGAAUUCGUCGACGAGCCCAACUCGCUGCACUUCUACGUGCUGGAUAUCCGGCGCGACGACACCGGCGUGCUGCACUACACGGUCGCCGUGCGCUCGCUCGACGGCAGCGGCCCAAGUGCGCGAGGCGUCAAGCUGGCGGCUGGCGCCGUCGCGAAGGACAGGAGAGCCAAAGCCACCGCCAAGGGCGUGACGUGCACCUUUGCGCUGACGAAUUCAGGCGCGUACGUGAAUAGUAACGCGGCUCAUCCGCAGGAUUUAUCGAAGUAUCUUACGUCCGACGUCUAUCGCUUGAGCGCCGAGGUCAAGGGCAAAGGAUGGCGCGUCGCGCUGCCUAAUGCAUUGGCCGUCGCGGCGUACGGGGAGACCACGACGGUCAACGUCGCCGUCGGCGCCGCGAAGAAUGCAGCGAGCAAAGCCGUCGUGACACUAACUGCUACGUCGGAGUCUGAUCCGGGGGUUUCUACGACUGCUACUUGCAAAGUGAGCAAGAACACAUGGUGGUAAUGGAUACCCUUGUGGUUCGAAGGAUCUAUGUUUAGCAAUGUACUUAUGAUGAUGGUAAUAAUAAUGCAAUGUAUCGAACUUGGCUGCUUUCUAGACAUGGGGAAAAAGUGCCUAUCUUACAUGAACAAUGCAUAGACAUGCCCAGACAAGAGGACUUAUUUUGGCUAAUUGCUGCGUUGACACACACUUCCUCGUAGUGCUGCUACGUACAAGCUCGGCAGAUAAGGAUAUAAAUAAUCCUCGUUACAUCACACGAAG